GAUUAUUGGAAGAAAGUUGGCUUCCAGUGGGAAAGAGAGAAUGAAGAUGAUCUAAAAGACAAGAUGGACUUCAGUGAUCUCCACCCUUCAUUCUAUCCAGCAGGAGUGGAAAGACCUGGACUUGGUUGUCGUGAGCUCAUCUUCAGAAACCUGUCUAAGAUUCUUCCAGCUGUCAGUCAUGAUAUAACAGACUGGGUUAUAGGAACCCGAAUUAAAGCAUCUCAGCUACUAGUGACCUUGUUAGUGCAUGCAGAAGAUCACACCACUCAGCACAUGGAGCUGGUCCUCAGUACUCUGUACCGAUCGUGUCUGGAUGAAGAGGAGAAAGUAGUGCACAAUGGUAUUAAAGCGGCGGAACUGAUUGGAACCUUUGUGAACCCUGAAGUGUUUCUCAAGCUGAUCUUGCCAGCACUGCAGAAGUCUCCCCUAGCUUCCCACCUAAUCGUUCUGGCAGCAUUCAUCAGAGGGAGUUCCAAAGAGGUGCUUAAACCCCAUUUACAUCGUAUUGCUGAUGCCAUCUCCCAGACUGAGAUUUGCCAGGGCUCAGAAAAGGUGCUGUACCUGGAGCAGUUGCUGUGCUGCCUACAGUCCUUGAUU